UAAAAUAAACAAAAGAAAAGGGGCAGAUGAGAAUAGAGAACCAGAAACCUUCCUUCACCGCCGACCGACGGAUGCCUCCAGUUUCUUGGUUUCCUGUGGAGCUAUCGGAAAAAAUGGCGGUUGAAAAUUUCACGCGUAAUCCUUUUACUGCAGUGCACAGAGGAGCUGUAGUCGAACACUAGUAACUAAAGCAGCAUCCAGCAGAAUAGAUUUGGAAGAAGAAGCACCAUUGACAUUGAGCAACGGUAUUACAAGCGUUUAUAUGCAUGUACGUUCAUGUCUUAACCCAAGUUGAGUAAAAAUCCAACUUUUGUUGACACGGAGUCCAAUGGCUCCCGAACUCUACUGCAUAAAAGAUCGGGGUGUUAGUGGGGAUUAUUCGUAUCCCGGUUCUUCCAUCUAGUGCAAAAGUUGCCUUUGGAAUUAGAAAAAUGCCUCGUAAAGUGGAUUAUGGAUUUCGUUAUGAGGAUGAUAAUUAUGAUGUUUAUGAAGAUUACGACUAUGACUACGCAGAUGAUUAUGAUUAUGAAGAGGAAGAAAAUGGGAUAGCACCUGUGACAAAGGCAAAACAAGAAGCUAGCAGGACUGGGGUCUGGCGUUGCCCAAUUUGCACCUAUGAUAAUGAAAAUAGUAUGUCUGCAUGUGACAUAUGUGGGGUUUUACGUAACCCUUUGGUGAAGGUUAAUAAUAAGGGCGAUACUGCUGCAGUGGGUGGCAUAUGCAAAGAUUCUGGAGCAUCUGUGAUGGCCAUGUCUCUUUUUGCAUCAUCACCGCAGCAUAUGGCCAAAAUGCCUAUACUCUUUGAAGCUCAGAAAUCAGUUUCUUCCACAGAUGACCAUCUUAACUUCCACAAAGAUGGCAAUUUUCGUGGCACUUUUCAAGAAUUCAAUAGUGCUUUUAGCUCUCAAAAUCAUCACAAAGUUAAUAUAGCCGCUUUCAAGUUUGAUGCUCCUUCUCCAGAUGAUUUGGUAUCAAAUGGAUUGCGAUCAGUGAAAUCGAAAUCCAAAGGUGAAGACUCGAGGGGAAGAGGGACAAAUUUUCUGGUUGAAUCAGAGCUAGCUGCUAAUGGGCUAGUGUCCUCUUCAACAUCAGUGACUAGAGAGAGACAUAAUGGAGUGGAAGAAAAUGAUUCUACUUCAGGAAGUGGAAACAAACCAGAGACUUUUAACACUAGAAUGGACACUGAGUCUUUACCUUCCAAAUCAGGAAAAGCAAGAAGUAUCAUUGAGAGAAAAACAGAAUCAAUUUCACAGUAUAUUCCUGAGAAAUGGAUGACACCGAACAAUAAAGAUGAUGGUUUGAGUCAACUGAAUCUAGCAAUUGUUGGGCAUGUUGAUUCCGGGAAAUCUACCCUUUCAGGAAGGAUGCUUCAUCUCUUGGGGCGAAUAUCUCAGAAAGAGAUGCACAAAUAUGAAAAAGAAGCUAAACAACAGGGAAAAGGAUCUUUUGCUUUUGCAUGGGCAUUGGAUGAAAGUGCUGAAGAAAGAGAAAGGGGUAUAACUAUGACGGUGGGUGUUGCUUUUUUCACUUCUAGAAAAUAUCACGUUGUGCUGCUCGACUCCCCAGGACAUAGAGAUUUUGUUCCGAACAUGAUCUCUGGAGCAACCCAAGCGGAUGCUGCAAUUUUAGUGGUUGAUGCUUCAAUGGGUUCAUUUGAAGCAGGCAUAGAUGCUAUUGGAGGGCAAACGAGGGAACAUGCACAGCUGAUCAGGAGCUUUGGAGUCGAUCAGAUUAUAAUCGUUGUCAACAAAAUGGAUGUUGUGGAGUACUCCAAGGAAAGAUUUGAUGUUAUCAAGCAGAAAUUAGGAACUUUUCUCCGAUCUUGUGGUUUUAAAGAUUCUUCUAUUUUAUGGAUUCCAGCAAGUGCCAUGGAAAACCAAAAUUUAGUGGCAAAUCCUUCUGAAGCACGCUUGUCCUGGUUUAAAGGACCUUCAUUGUUGGAUGCAAUAGAUUCUCUCCAGCUUCCUGAGAGGGAUUACUCCAAGCCGUUACUAAUGCCAAUAUGCGAUGUUAUAAAGUCACAAUCACAAGGUCAGGUGACUGCAUGUGGGAAACUGGAAAGUGGAGCUAUUCGAACAGGAUCUAAGGUAUUGGUUAUGCCUUCAGGGAUAACAGCGACAGCCCGUUCUUUGGAGCGAGACUCUCAGCUUUGUAACAUUGCAAGAGCUGGUGACAAUGUUACCGUCAAUUUGCAAGGUAUUGAGGGCAAUCAAGUGACAGCUGGGGGUGUGAUAUGUCACCCUGAUUACCCUGUUCAAGUCACAAACCGCUUGCAACUGAAGAUCCUUGUCCUGGACAUUUCUACUCCAAUUGUGAUGGGUUCUCAGUUGGAAUUUCACAUACACCAUGCGAAAGAGGCUGCAAGAAUUGUGAAGAUAUUGUCUCUACUUGAUCCGAAGACAGGGAACACGACAAAGAAGUCCCCGAGAUGUUUAUUGGCCAAGCAGAAUGCCAUAGUUGAGGUGGUUCUGCAAGGGCCUGUUUGCGUGGAGGAGUACAGCAGUUGUAGAGCUCUGGGAAGGGUGUUCCUUAGAUCAUCAGGGAGAACCAUUGCUCUUGGUAUUGUGACUCAAGUAAUUAAGAGGGAAGAAUAGAUCCACAUGAGAUAUAUGGGAAGAUUACAACAAAGAUUCGAGUUCCAUCAUCUACAGUCAGUUUGUUGUACCUCAUCAAUUUUGCAGCAUUGGUGGGAAGUGGUAGUGUGCGCAGAGUUAGCUAUGGAUGUAUGUUUGUAUCACGGGCUAUUUGUUCCUUGUACAAAAUCAUUUUCACAUUUUGUCUAUUAUACAACUCUAACUCUACAGGAUGUUUGUAUGUGGAGAAAACUUGGACGGAUACUAAACUAUUUCCUUGUGCAAUCCAGAUUCUGAGUAGUUUAAGUUCUAGUAUUUGAAGAAUGUUGACACCUGA